AUGUUUAUGUUAUCGUGGAACUUUAGAAGAAGCAGAGUAGCAAGAAAGGUCCGAAAGCUGAGCGGGAAAUUUCUGUGUGCGAGGCUAACAAAUACUUUCAAAAUUGUGGUUGUCGGAUGCAAAGAUUGUGGUAAAACAAGCGUUGUAAGGCGAUAUGUUGGAGAUACGUUUUAUGAAAGCAAAAACGACCCUUUAGUAAAAUCAUUCACUUUGUUAACUUUUUUAGAGGUUUCAAACAAGAUGAGAGAAUUUGAAACAGAAAUUAUUGAACUAUCGAGUAACGAGUUGAAAACUAAAAAUGGUAAAAAACAAUUUGCUUCUGCGGAUGGUUACGUAUUAGUAUACGAAAAAAAUAAUGGCGAUAGUUUAAAACAACUCAAGAAAAGACUAAAGGAAUUAACAACAUUAAAGAAAGACUCGUCACCCAUCGUUUUGCUUGAAAACAAAGCGGACUUAUGCUCAGACGAAGUCGAUGGGAAAUAUAGUUCUCAAGACAUACGCGCUGAAUAUCAACAUUUUUCUGUUUCGGCAAAAACGAACACAAACAUACUAGAAGCUUUUGAUGCUUUACAGAAAAGUUUCUUGUUACAAAAAAAGUACGUAAGAAUAAGUUCAUAA